CGCGCUAUUGCGCCCCUCUCCGCAAGACUCGCUCGUCCUGCCUUCAGCUCCAGCAUCCGGCAAUUCCAUCAAUCUUCUGCCAGCAUGGCUUCUUCCGAGUAUCCCAUUGCGACCCUUGAUUCGUCGCUGAUUCCGAAGCUUCCGGCUUCUUCUCCCACCCUUUUCGAAGCAAAGAAGGCCAAAAACCUCUCCUUUGAGGAAAUCGCGAAGAAGCUUGGGCGUGAGGAGGUUGCCGUGGCCGCGCUCUUCUACGGUCAGGCCAAGGCCUCGCCCGAGGACAUCAAGAACCUGUCUGAGCUUCUCUCCAUCCCCGUCGAGAAGCUUGAGAGCCAGCUCUCUGGUUGGCCCGACCGUGGCCGUAUCAUCGACAUGCCCCCCAAGGACCCUCUUGUUUACCGUCUGUAUGAGGUUGUCCAGAACUACGGCUACGCGUACAAGGCAAUUCUCAACGAGAAGUUUGGUGAUGGUAUUAUGAGCGCCAUUACCUUUUCCACCAAGGUUGAGAAGGAGAAGGACGAGAAGGGUGAAUGGGCUGUCAUCACUCUACGUGGCAAGUGGCUCCCUUACAACCGCUUCUAAACGCCGUAAUAAUAUGUAAUUGAUGAUAUCCGUCUACAUAUCCCGUGAAUGCUGUCAGAAUACUCGGGAUAGUUAGUUGUAGAUUUGGAGAUAAUGAAUUUGUUCGGU